AUGGCCAAUGAGAUUAAUAUGCCUGUACCUCCUACCUUGCCCAGCGACAGGGACGGUUUCCACGGAGAUGGUCUCUUGCUGAGUGAGUGCCCAGGUCAGAGGUUCCAGGCUUCACGCCUGCUGUCCCACCUACAUUCAGCUCUGGGCCCUGGUUCAGAAGUGCUGCUGCAGCCAUAUCUGUCCAGCUGGGAUGAACUCAUCAAGUUUAUGGAGUCACUGGGUCCAGUGGUGGAGUUCUUCUCCCAAAAGGUCAAGAGCAAAGUCUCACGGAUCCGCGAGCUGGCUCAGCAAGACUUGGAGAGACAAGAGGAGGGACCUCAGCGCUUGGAGGCGGGCAGGGGCGGACACAAGGACCCUGGAUCCGUGGUUGAGACAGGACCAGACCAAGAAAAACAGCUAGAGCACCUGGAGGCAGAUGGAGAGGAGGAGUGGGAGGCCUACACAUCUGUACGCUCUAUGAUGCGCGCGGAGCUGAGUCGGGGGGUGGUCAACUUCGAGCGGGAGACUGGCUCCGGCUGUCGCAACCUGCUCAGGCUCCACCGCUCGCUGCUGUGGCUCCAGCUCUUCCUGAAGAAGAUGGCGGAGGGCCCCGAUGAAGAAGGCCGGCUGCGGAGCCCGGCGGAGCUGUGCCGGGAGGCCUACGAGCAGGCCCUGGCUCCCCACCACCCCUGGCUGUUGCGGCGGGCCGCCGAGGUGGCCUUUCUGGCCAUGCCUGAGUGGGACACGUUCUUCAGGCUGGUGUGCGUGCAGAGCCAGGCGGAGGCAGCGCCUGUGCUGGACAGAGUCGUUAGGGCCAUUGAGGAAGUGUACAGCAGGACACAGGGGGCUCUGCAGGAGCACGGCAUGCUGGAGCUGCCAUAG